GGAGCGGAGCUAUAAAAGCCUGUUGAGUUUAGGCUAUAAUAUAAUAUCCUCAGAUUAUGUGGAAAGCGAAGUCGGGCCACUAUACUGUGCCUCAAAUAAAAGAGACGACGAAGGAGGCGCUCUCCUGAACACUUUAACAAGAGAGGAAAUCAAGAAAUUUGGACAGUGGUGAACGAGCAGACGGUGACUCCUGGUUAUGGAGAGAAAUUCCUCAUUUCUGCCAUUAGAAAGUCCGUUCUUUUAACCCAUCACUGUCUUCUUUUGGAGAGGAAGAGCUGUCAUGGGAGGCACGUUGCACUUCUCACGCGUCUGGAUUGAUGGUGAACCGCGAAACUUCACAGUGGAUGAAGAACAUCUCGACGUUGACGUGAUACACUGUAACAAAGACUCCCAUUGGAGUGGGGUGUGCACUGGACCAGCCUAGGGCAAUGAGGAGUCAUAAGUCCAGUGACCGGAAAUCACCUUCCCGUCAGCGCCUGCCACGUUUUAGUCUUCACUCCAGGAGGAAGAAGGAAGGUGUGAUACAGGGAAAGCUACGUAUUCGCUCCAUGCCUGGUGCCUUUCUGGUGCUUGGUGUGGUGGUGGUUAUUAUUGGCACUGCGCUUGCCGUGGCAGGCUACUGGCCUUACCGUGCCCAUCGUGCAACACUGGACACUGUAGAGGAAGGGUCCUCCGGCACUUCAGGAUGGGGAGUAGGGUCCAAAGGCCUUUUAUCUGCAGCAAGUCUGGUUCACAGUGAAAGGAUGAAAUUACUGGGUCCUGUCAUUAUGGGAGUGGGACUCUUUAUACUUAUUUGUGCCAACACGGUCCUCUAUGAGAAUCGUGAUAGGGAAACUCGAAUGCUUCUGGCUCAGAUGAGGAGUGUGAUCUGCUCAGUUUCUGCAGCUGUUCCUUCGGCAGACCUCUUACAGGUGAACUCUCUUGCCAGGCACUACCAAUGGGUCAGCAGUUUACCUGCAGCCCACCUGAACAUUCUCUGCUUGCAGGAAUUAUCCAGCUCAGAGCCACUACUCCAAGUGAAGAGCAUAGAUGAGGAGGAGAGCGUACAGCAGCGGGAAACCAUGCACACCGAGGUCCUUCAUCAUCAGGACUCUUCGUCCACCUCCUCCAUUCAUUCAUCCAAAUCCUGCAACAUUAGCAAAGUAAUUUUUUGUGAUGAGGAGCAAGGGACCACCCCUGGGCUUAAUUUGCGGCUAGAAAGUCACUUUGGACUCAGCAACUGUGUUACUGCGUCCUCCAUGUCGACACUAGGUGGGGAGGACUGCGAAAGCUUUUCCAUCCCGAACAGAAGAUCUUACAGCAUGAGCCACAGGACUAGACCACAAAUAAUUCCAUGUAAUGUGAUGCAUACAGAGGACAAGCCCAUGAUCUCUAUGGGUCACCACAGUCUGCUUCCAAGACAAUCCAGCUCUGAGGUGUGCGUGAGUAUGGUUGGGUUUGACCUCGAACUUAAACCUAUGGAAGAACAGAGGCACCGCAGCUGGCCUAGGCUAGACCUCAGAAAUGUCAGGAGGUACCUAAAGCUUGAGAACAAGGACGACUCUGUUGACAGAUUACUGGACCAGCUUGAGCAACAAUGCUUACAGCUGGACAAAAGCUAUGGCUCGGGUCCUUUCCAGUGAGGCGAGGGUAAACGAUUUCUUCAGGGUUAAUGGACUGGCAAAUCUCAUGGUUAUAUGGACGAGCCUUACUAAAAGGUGAUGCACACCUGGAAUAACCAAACCAGAAAUGGACACAAGUUUCUGGUGGAUGUUUUAGCACAGCUUCGGCAAACCCUUUAAGCUGACCGAUCUCCAAGAACAAACCAGUUCUCUCACUUGACUAGUUUUUGCUUAACUGGUGUGUUUUGAGAUCUGUGGAGUAUGGAAAUGUUCCCCAAAAGGUAUUUAACUUGGUCCACGCUGCUCUUAAUGGCAUGGAAAUUUGAAUUCACCUCAAGGCAUUAGCUGGGGCGGAGGUCUUUUUAAGACAUGGUAACAUGCUAAACAGCUUAAACUGCAUGAAUCCUAUAUUCUGUGUAAAUGGGGAACAGGUGAAAUCAGUUUGUUAUUGUUUCGAAAGCACUACUUGUUUUCACGACACAGUAAGCAGAAUUUUUGAAGCAUCACAAAUAUACGAGGUAAAAUACAUCAUUGAUACGUAAAUUCAAAGCAAGACUUCGGAAGUUAAGUUAGCCAGAAGCAUGAUCCCAGUGUUGAUAAUUACUAGAGGUUUACUUUGAAUUAUAAUGAGAUUUGUGCAAAUGGAUAAUUCCGGUAUUUUGACCAAAAUAAAUUGAUUCUUCCAUUUAAUUUAUUAGGUUCUUCCUUUGCACAGAGCAUCUCUCUUCACAUAUUCUGUUCCAUCUCUGCCUUAUGGCAAUCAAACAGAACAGGGUUGUCUUCGCUUCAUUUAUGAAGGUGUUCAGUUUUUGCAUGCACUAAUGCGGGUACAUACUGUAAUUGCUUACCCUUUAGCAGGCGGAGCUGAACCCAGCUCCUCCUUUUUGCAGUGAGAAUGUGUAAAUUCAAUCUGUUUUCAAAACAGUCAACUGUCUCUAUUUUGUCUGUGUAGCCUGUUUUUUGUACACAGUGUUGUAUGCCGUGUGUUAAUGUACUGAGCAAUAUCCACAAUCUGACUGACAGAUCAGUUAUUGUGUCAGACCCUUUACACAUUUGAAUUGAAUUUCCAUGCCUGUGUUGCAAAUAAAAGUAAAAACAAAACCUUGUUAAAUGUAUUUGCCAUCAAUGCACUGCUUUGAAUGCAGUCCUGCAUGCAGUAUUGGGCUAGUUACUAAAAAAAUGUAAUAUAGAGUAUUACUUAUUAGUAGUUAUUAUUUUCAAAAGAAUAUUAUUACUUAAUACUCCCAGUAACGGUGAUUAGUUACACUACUAGUUACAUUACUAUUCCAUUACACCCCAAAAAAUGGUAUCCAUGAAAUCAAGUUACAGAUAAAUAAAGAGUAAAACUAGCUCAAACUAUUUUUCUUCUGUAAUUUAAUAAUGCAGUACAGGGCUUAAGCUGGUGGAACCAACUAAACAUGUUCGCAGAACGAUAAAGAGCUAGCUUCCUGCGUUGGUGACGUUGUGACAAAAAGUAACUAGUAACUAGCCAUUUUUUGGAUGUUAACUGUAAUGUAAAAAAAAUUUAAUUAGUUACACUACUGGUAACCAGGAAAAGUAUAAUAUUAUUACAGUAACUAGUUACUAAUUGCUGCCCAACACUGCUCAUAAUAUGUAUAUUUACCUCAAACAUUUUUGUCUUUACUGUACCUUUUUCUGGAAUUAAUUUCACUUAAACUGUUUAACAUACAGGCUCUGCUUAAGAAAUUAGAAAAUCUCUCAUCUUGAUUAAGAAACCAUGUCCUGGUAUCUUCUAUUAAAGAACCACUAACAGGUCAUUGUGAUAUUUUUGGCAGUUUUUUUAAUCGCGGUAUGCAUCUUGGCAUUUAUUCAUUUUAGCAGUUGUUUAUUGUUAGUGUUAGUUCAUAGACUGUGCAACUAAUGUUAACAGAUAAAACAUAAUUUUACAUAUGAUUUAGUUAAGGUGGUUAACAGUACACUUACUGUUGAGAGGAGCCCCUUUUGUUUCAGGUGGAGGGAUACCAAUAGAACAGACCUAAUGCUGUUUGAGGGGAUGCGCAGUCUCACGUUGGUGUCCUCUAUAUUUUAGGUUGCUAUGAAGUUUGUUUAAAAUUAGUAAAUUAAAUAUUUAUACUUAAAACAAUUCAGAAUCAGAUUUCAAAAUUUCAGCUGAUUCUUCAAAGUCUAACCAUAACAUUUGCAUAAAGAAAUGCAAUUGGUCUUCUUUGCUAUUGAAUUUUUAAAUUGCCUUUUUAUUUCUACAGUGUAUCAAUAUCGCCUAUUAACGAUUGCAGCUCAGCCUUGCAAUACUAAAGUCAUUGGUUUAAUUUCUGGAAAACACCCACUGUGUACUGUAGGUCUGGAGCCACCAGUAUAUAAAUGCUUAUAUUUUUUUACUCUUAAUACAAAUUUAAAAUUACAAGUUAUAUUAUUAGAUUAUUGUAUUAAAACCAUGUCAUCCCAACAUGAUUUAGGACUUUCUCUAAAAAGCAUCUAUUUUCAAUAGAAGCAAGACAAGUUGACCUUUUGAACAAAGAAAAUUAAAUGAGCAAUGUUAUACGAAUAGGCUAACAUUUGAUUCAUGCCUUAUAAAAUAAAUAAGAACAAUUUAUAUGAAUUUAUAUCAAAAUAUUGUAUCAUUUUUAUCAAAGUGGUCUCCAGGGGCGUCUGUAGACCCCUUUGUCAAGUUUAAGUUUACGUGAUUUACCUUAUUUGGCAGUGUAUGCAUUUACAUUGAUCACAGCAAAAACUGAUCUAUAUGCAAUGUAUAGUAACCCAAUUCACGUUUGUACAAGCAAAACAAUCACAUUUGAACUGAAACAUCAUCUGUGUGACACAAUCGCAUUUUAUUGCUGUUUGUGUUUCCUUUCUGCAUAGCAAAUCAGCACAACGAAGUCCAGGAGAUGGCAUGCGAUUGAGUUAGCUUAUGAAAACAUGAUGAAACUAAUGCACGUUUCUCAACAAUAUCAAUAAUCUGAUUUUGACUCGAUCACUACUUGGCUACUUUAGAUGGACAUCAGAAUGUUUUUAUAAUUUUUUGAGAGAAAGUAAAUGUUUUAUAUGUUUGCAAAUUGUAUGCAAUUUAUGCCUUAAUGUUAAUAAUGUUCACCAAAUUGUAUGCAAUUUAUGCCUUAAUGUUAAUAAUGUUCACGUUAGAAGUAUGUGAAGAUACUUUAAUAUUUUUUUGAAGCUUGUGUUAGAAAAAGUAAUGGGUGGCCUGUACCCCAGUAGAGCUUUAUGUGCCACACAUUUUAAAUCCACUAUCUACCCAAUAAAUAAAAAUCAAACAUUAACAAAAACAUGACAAA